AUGCUCGUAGCGCAUAACCAAGUUCACGACAGCCCAAACAACAUGGACCAACAGGAACCGCCAGAGUUUAUCCUCGAUGUAUUUACUGACCCGCGCUCCGUUCGCGACGUCGUUAAAGGUUGGUUCUUGUCUCCUGAUGGUCAUACUACCCUAUACGAAGCACCCCGCUAUCUGACAACCUCAACAACACUCUGUUUACUUCACACGAUAUUCUUUCACAGAUUCUUUCCUUCUCUAGUUCCUCAAACUCGUGAAGUUCUGGACCUCACUCUACCCUAUGUCGACGACGAUGAGCUCGAGACUAUGAUAGAACAACGCGUCGCAGCCUUUGAGCGACAGAUAGACACCCAGCGCUCAUCCGGUGGAACAAAUAAUGCUUCCGGCGGAAGCGCGACCGGAGGGCGCGGGCAGCUGGUUGUGCAGUUCUUCGAGAAGCGCCGGCGCAAGGCCUGGUUGUCUCGUGGGGAUGAAGAGGUCUGCUGGGAAUGUUGGACGAUCAAAGUAACCGUCGCCGAGCCCAGAACAGAAAGCGAACGAGCUAAAGUCCGACGCGCAAUGGAACAAACCCUUCUAACGACAGCGAUGAAGAUUGUUACGUUCGCAAACACCCACAAGGACCACAUACCACCUAUCACCACCCAAGGAACGAACCCGUUCCCAUACAAGAUUAACCUCGACCAGAAGGAAGCAACAGGCUGGGCAACGCGAAUGCGAAUAUACUGA